AUGAGUACAAAAAGAAAUAAAACGGAGCAAAGUCCCAAGCAAAAGGGCAAUCAGGAUACAGUACCAGCACCGAUAAAGGUCACCAAACAGGAAAAGCUAGACACUGAUGAGAUGGAGUUGAUGACUGCGGGUCUAGAGGAUGAUGAUGAUGGUGGGUGUUAUUUUGUGGAUCAGAAAGGCAAUUACUACUACCAAGCCAACGAGGAUGCCGAACUUACAGAGGUAGAUAAUGGACAGGCUCCUUUCGAAGUGCUUGAUGUAGCUCCAUCCAAAGAUGACGAAGACGUUAGCUACGUACUAAUCAUGAACGAUGGUGAGAACAAAUCCACACUCGUAAUGAACAACGGCGACGAGGCGAAUAUUGUCGAUGGAAAGGAGGACGAAAUAUAUGAUUUCGAAGAUUCGGACUUCAUCGUUCAGGAGCCAGUGGUAACGAAGAAAAGGCAAGGUCGCGGAAAAAAAGGGCAGUCGGGUGCUGCAACGACGCUUAUGUGCAACUACUGCAAUUAUACCUGCAGUAAAAUGUUUUUGUUGUCACGCCAUCUUCAAACACACUCCGAAGACCGUCCGCACAAGUGUGUGGUGUGUGAGCGCGGUUUUAAAACAUUGGCUUCCCUGCAGAAUCAUGUCAACACGCACACGGGCACCAAACCCCAUCGGUGCAAGCACUGCGACAACUGCUUCACGACAUCUGGCGAGCUGAUACGACACAUCCGGUACAGGCACACGCACGAGAGACCCCACAAAUGCACGGAGUGCGAUUACGCAAGCGUAGAGCUGAGCAAACUGAAACGUCACAUUCGGACGCACACCGGCGAAAAACCUUACCAGUGUCCUCACUGCACUUAUGCUUCACCAGAUAAGUUCAAGUUAACACGACAUAUGCGCAUACACACCGGGGAAAAACCCUACUCCUGUGAUGUAUGCUUUGCCCGGUUCACUCAGUCUAAUUCACUUAAGGCCCAUAAAAUGAUUCAUCAAGUUGGCAAUAAGCCGGCUUUCCAGUGCCAUCUAUGCCCAACGACCUGCGGUCGUAAAACCGAUCUGCGCAUUCACGUGCAGAACCUCCAUACAGCGGACAAGCCGAUCAAAUGCAAACGCUGUGACAGCACGUUCAGUGAUCGAUACUCGUACAAAAUGCAUGCCAAAACGCAUGAGGGCGAAAAGUGCUACCGGUGCGAGUUCUGCCCGUACGCCUCGAUCUCGGUGCGCCACCUGGAGUCGCAUCUGCUGCUGCAUACGGAUCAAAAACCGUAUAAGUGUGACUUGUGCACGCAGACCUUCCGCCAAAAGCAGCUGCUGAAGCGGCACAUCAACUACUAUCACAAUCCUGACUACGUUCCGCCGACCCCGAAGCCCAAAACGCAUCUCUGUCCGAGCUGCACGCGGUCAUUCCGGCACAAGGGCAAUCUGAUGCGGCACAUGGCACUGCACGAUCCCGAGUCGUCGGUAUGCGAAGAGCUGGCGGCACUGCGCGAAGGUCGCCAGAAGAAGGUGCAAAUCAUUGUCGAUGAUAGAGAAUAUAAGGGCGAGGAAGAUGACUACGACGAGGAGGCAGAGGACGAUGAAGAGGACGAGGAGGAAGACGAAGAUGAUGAUGAAGAGAAUGAGAACGUUGACGGUGAAGAGGGUGAGGAAUCGCAGGAUGGAUCCCUUGGUGGGAGUGAAGUUGUCGUGCAGGAUAACGACGGUCAGUACGUGGUGUUGGAGGUGAUACAACUGCAAGAUAAGGAUGCAAAAACCGCCGACACGGUACAGUCGCAAGGAAAACGCACCUCGAAGCGAGUGGCAGCAGCGGCAGCUGCGGCGGCUCCCGCAUCUUCUUCCGCUAAAAAAACGUCGCCCGUUUCUAAGUCGACCACCGAAAACGGAACAUCUAAACGGUUGCAACGAUCGCUGCGUAAAAAGCGGUCUCAAGCUCAGGACCAAAAUAUUUCGCUUGAUCUCGAGGACAUUAGUGUGGCCAUGGUGGAGGACGAAGAGGAUAAUGAAAAUGAAAUCGUGAUCGAACAGAGUACCGAAUUUAUCCUCCCACCGCACGAUUUGCAGGAUACCGAAUUGUUGAUGUCUACGCUGCAAAGCGCAAAACGACAGCACUACGACGUAACCAUCAGUCAGGCUGAGUUGGAUAAGAACAUGAGUAAUUGCUUCGGGUUCGAUGAUGAUGAAGAUGAAGAUUUGGAUCACAAAGCGACGAUAACGUUGUUGCAGUAAUAGUAACAAACAUACGCGAGCGUAUUUCACACAUUUCUUUAGUUUUAUCGCGAAAAGUGAUUUGUAUAAUUAGUUCCAAGGCGUUCACGUUGUAGCUGGUCAUCUGGUCGUUAGCGACAACGUUCUAGCCUUGCAAAAUAGGCUAACGUUCUCGCAAGGAUUUUGUGAUUAAUGCCUAGGAGCGGCCUGCGAGAAAAUGGUUUUAUGUUAUUUGUAAUUCUAGAAUAGAUAUACGCUUUUCAGGUUGCGCAUGUCGCAGGCGUUAGCUACUAGUAUGAACCAUCCGAUGCUCUUAGAAUGACUGAAAUCGGAAAGUGCAGCAAUUAUAUUUAAUACGUUAUAUUGAGCAAAGGCAAUAUAUUGUCAAA